AGAUCUUGCGGACGAUAAAGCAGUAUCGAUUGGUGUACUAAGAGAAGUAUUAGAGAAAUGCGCAGACGAAGACGUCGAGGAGAUGCAGGAAGAAGAACAAGGGGUCUUGUACGCUGGCAACGAGGGCGAGGAAGACAAAGGAUUGUCAGACCCUUCAUCUAGCGCUGCGCUGGUACCAACCAUUUCCAAGCCAAGGCAGACCUCAGCGAUCAAUCCUGAGGACGAGGAGGACGACGGGAAGCAAGAGCUCGACAUGGACAUGCACGUGGACACCUUGAACAAGAACAACAAGAAGAUAACAAGUCGUGGGACGGCAAUGAACGGCUAUGAAGAGGGUCCUUCACAUCAACGUGCUUGCAAUGGUAAUCACAUUCCUCCACGUGAUCUCGAUGUCGUGAUAGUUGGUGAGAAUGUUGGAAAAAUGGCCUUACUCGGCAAUUGCAUCCGAGAACUAGCGCCAGACCAGUAUCCCCUUUUUCAGUACAACCUGCAACAACUGGAGAAACGCAAAGCCGCGCAAACAGCACAUAAUUCUUCG